AUGUCGAAAUUCGGUGUCUUGGUGAUGGGCCCUGCGGGUGCGGGUAAGACUACCUUUUGCAAUGCUAUGAUUCAACACCUGCAGAAUACCCGCCGGAGCUGUUUUUACAUCAACCUGGACCCCGCCGCCGAGACCUUCAGUUACGAGCCCGACCUGGACAUUCGCGAACUCAUCACCCUCGAGGAUGUGAUGGAGGAGCUGGAGCUGGGUCCCAAUGGUGGGCUCAUCUACUGCUUUGAAUUCCUCCUGCAGAACCUCGAUUUCCUCUCCGAAGCCCUAGAUCCGUUGAGCGAAGAGUAUUUGAUCAUCAUCGACAUGCCAGGUCAGAUUGAGCUCUACACGCACAUUCCCCUUUUACCGUCGCUUGUGCAGUUUUUGUCGCGCCAGGGUCCGUUGAACAUCAAUCUUUGCGCCGCAUACUUGCUAGAAAGCACCUUUGUCGUCGACAAGGCCAAAUUCUUUUCGGGCACACUGAGCGCCAUGUCCGCCAUGUUGAUGUUGGAAAUGCCACAUGUGAAUAUUUUGAGCAAGAUGGACCAGGUCAAGGAUAUGGUUUCGCGCAAGGAGCUGAAGAGAUUCACCAACGUCGACAUGCAGUCGUUACAGGACGACUCAAGGGACGAGGAGGAGACACCCAGCGGUGAUCCCUCGGCCACAAAUUCCAUGAUGAGCGGUGGUUCCUUCAAGCGACUUAACCAAGCCGUUGGACAGUUGAUUGACGAUUUCAGCAUGGUGUCAUUCUUGAAACUGGACGUUUCCGAGGAGGACAGUGUCGCUGCCAUCCUGAGCCAUAUCGACGAUGCUAUUCAAUACCACGAAGCGCAAGAACCGAGGGAACCCAAGGAUGCGCAGGAAGUGGACUAUGAGGAUGCAGAUGAGUAA